GUCAGUGCCAGCGCCAUGUUGGAUCAGGAAAUGGGCAGAGUCAAAGCAGGAUCCCCGAGCGGAGCUGAGUGUUAACGGCCGUCUCCACUCGAUCCGCUCGCCGUUUCACCACUUUCACCUCUAACAGUCCGUUUACAUGCUGCGAGGAUUUCUGGCUGACCCAAGCAGGCACCGUUCCCCGGAUUUAAUCGAUCUGCACCGCCAGCGAUGACUUCUCUCACGCAGAGGACCUCAGGCCUCGUCCAGCGGAGGACCGAGGCCAUUCGCAGCGCCGCCGCCGACAAGGAGAGGGAGUCCGACGGCGAGGAGGACGAGGCGCGCCGCGGGGACGAGGAUGACGAAGACAAGGGAGACUCAAAGGAAACGAGGCUCACACUGAUGGAGGAAGUGCUGCUGCUGGGCCUCAAGGACCGAGAGGGUUACACGUCUUUCUGGAACGACUGUAUUUCCUCCGGGCUUCGAGGGUGCAUGCUUGUGGAGCUGGCGCUGCGAGGGAGGCUACAGCUGGAGGCCUGCGGCGUGAGGAGGAAAGGCCUGCUCUCAAGGAAGGUGAUCUGCAAGUCCGAUGCUCCGACGGGGGAUGUGCUGUUGGACGAGGCCUUGAAACACAUUAAAGAAACGCAGCCUGCAGAGACGGUCCAGAGCUGGAUAGAGCUGCUGAGUGGAGAGACAUGGAACCCCCUGAAGCUGCACUACCAGCUGAGGAACGUGAGAGAACGUCUGGCAAAAAACCUAGUGGAGAAAGGCGUCCUCACCACAGAGAAACAGAACUUCCUGCUUUUUGAUAUGACGACACAUCCGCUCACCAACAGCACCAUCAAACAGCGCCUUGUCAAGAAGGUCCAGGACUCCGUCUUGGAGAAGUGGGUCAACGAUCCCCACCGCAUGGACAAGCGAGUUUUGGCCCUAAUCCUUCUGGCCCACUCAUCCGAUGUUCUUGAGAAUGCCUUCGCCCCACUUCAAGACGAACAGUACGACCUGGCCAUGAAGAGAGUCCACACUCUGCUAGAGCUGGAGCCCGAGAAGGAGAGCACAAAGCCCAACGCCAAUGAACUUAUGUGGGCCGUAGUGGCUGCAUUUACUAAAUGAAAACAGCUGACUGGUUGGACUGGAAGAUCUGGUUGUGGUCUGUGUUAUUUAAUAGGUUGAAGGACUUCACUGAAACAGACUUAACUUCACUUUAAUGACACAAUCUUUUUUGGCUGGGGAGGCUGUACAUCUAUUCCGGAUGACAUUGUGGUGGUUAAAUCAGUGCAAUCCAAUUGGUGGUGGGUUUCACCAAGUAACAUUUGAUUGGUUUGGAACGGUCUACACGGAAAAUGACCAGCUGCUAUACUAUUUUGACAUCAACACUAUGGACUGAUGGGCUUGUGUUAAUGUUAGAUGACAUCAAAGAACAAAGCAAGUGGCAGCAGUAGUGAUGGUGAAUAUAAAGAUGUUGACUGGGGGCCAAGUUUCUCUUCUUCACUAAGGAAACCUCUCUGCAUUACUACAAGAUCAGGUCAGAGAAACGGCCUGGUCCUGUCUCCAUGCUCUCUUCCCCCACAGGCUUAUGCAGGGAUAAAGGAUAGCAAGUUACAUGGCUAUUGAUGUUCUUUGCACUCAUGCAGCUUUCCUGCUUUCACCCAUUCAUUGCCACCUGUUGGAAACACUACAUGGAUACGUUACUGAGUCAUUCUUUCAUAAAUUUCCCAUUCUCCUGUCUUCGUCAUCAAGUAACGGUGAGCCAGGCUUUUUUUUGCAGCUUUUGGCUCACACCUAAUGUAGAAUUGAGUCUAAACAAAAACCGUAUUAGUUCUCUGUUUCAGCAGUGGUCCAUCCAAUGUCUUCCAUUUCUAUUUAUGUUGCUAAUCAACGCUUGGUCUGUAGUAGUCUGCCAUUUAUCAAAUACUUUGCACAGUCGAUAGCCCUGUAGUUAGGGUAGUAUUCAUAGAGAACGCUUGUAAAGAUGAGGUUGGAUUAUUAUUAACCUUAACCCUGACUACAAACAAUGAGAUUGAUUUUUAUGAAUGCUUUAAAGUCAUUCCUCAGAUCUCUGUGACCAGCCUGAAACAGCUCAGAUCAGUGUGAACUGUUUGUGAAGUUACAUCAUCCGUUUCAUGACAUUGUUUGUUUUGUUUAGUUUUUUUUUUAAACUGCAAGGUAUCAGAAAGUAUGAAGAACUGAUCCGUUUACAGCGAACAGACCAUGCAUGCUAUCGGUGGAGGGGUUCUCGUGGUUGUAGCUGCAGAGAGAAGCUUGUAUGUAAUUAUUAGUCACAUGUGUAUGAUCUAAUGGAAUUCAAUGAAAGGGAUCUUCUCUUCUAUCCUCUAUAAUUCUGUAUGCUUUUGUAUUACCACACAAAAUAAAGUAAGGAUCCUUUAAGUGCCUGAAUUUA